AUGGCGGGGGUUGGGGAGAGGUCCUCAGGGAUCCUGGGCUGGUCCUGGGCUGUUCCUGACACCAUCAGUCUCAGGGGCAGGGGUCAGGCGUGUUCUAUGCAUGUCAGGGAUUCAGGGCACGCUGGUGUCGUCAGGGGAGCCUAUAGCCAUGGGAAUGGGCCCUGGGGCAAGGAUCGGGACUUUAUGAACUUCCGGCGAGUGCUGUGUCCAGACCCGCUCUGUGAUGUGUGUGACAGGGCAACCUUCGAGGUCAUAAAGGUGCUAUUCCGGCAGCGGCUGGACGAUGAUGCCUCCUCUACAGCAUGUUCAGAUUCUCUGGUUUCCCAGACAGAGUCAUCAGGCACUUGGUCCUCAGCCCGCUCAGCAAGCCCUCCAGGAAUCCCUCCACCAGCCCAUCUGCCGGAAACCCCUCCACAUGCCAUCUCCCAUAACUCACCAGACCUGAAGACCUCCCAGACCUACCCUCCAUUCCCAACCAAGCCCUUGCCUUUCCUCUCCCACCACCUCAGAAAAUCAACUAAUGAGCCUUCGGAGGACGCUCUACAGCCAGGCAGGAACCUGGUGGCAGCCAGCUAUGCCCUGUAUGGCAGCGCCAGCAUGCUGGUGCUUGCCGUGGAGCAUGGUGUCAACUGCUUCAUGCUGGACCGGGCCAUCGGAGAGUUCAUUUUGGUGGACAAAGAUGUGAAGAUCAAAAAGAAAGGUAACAUCUACAGCCUUAACGAAGGCUACGCCAAGGACUUUGACCCUGCUGUCACUGAGUAUGUCAAGAGGAAGAAGUUCCCCCCAGAUAACUCAGCUCCCUAUGGUGCCAGGUACGUGGGCUCCAUGGUGGCCGAUGUUCACCGCACUCUGGUCUAUGGUGGAAUCUUUCUGUACCCCGCUAACAAGAAGAACCCCAAUGGAAAGCUGAGGCUGCUGUAUGAGUGUAACCCCAUGGCUUACGUCAUGGAGAAGGCGGGGGGCGUGGCUACCACUGGGAAGGAGGCUGUGCUAGACAUCGUUCCCACUGACAUCCACCAGAGGGCGCCGGUCAUCUUGGGGUCCCCGGACGACGUGCAGGAGUUCCUGGAGGUUUACAAGCAGCACUCGGCCAAGUGAGGGGCUGGCCGCGCCCACUCUGGAAGGAGUGUCUUUCACGCGGACCUUGUCUCUCGUCGCGCUUCCCUGUUUUGGCGGCGCAUCCUACGUCCCUAGACAGCAGAAAUAAAAAGCGUGGCUGCUUUCUCUCUCAAAUGCUGUUUAAUGCCUGGUGCUACAUGGCAAAAUGCUGUCUCCAUGAUGUCACUGGUAGGCAAGAUGUAUCCUGAGCGGAUGGAGGAGAAAUA